GUAGAUAUCUGAACCCACAAUCCAUUGCCCACCGCCAUAACAGCGAACAUCAGAAACCUUUUCGGGCAAAAAGACUAAUUACAUUUCCCCUCUACCCACUUGAUCAAAAGAUCAGGGUGCCUAUUUUCAUUGAUAAUUCGCUGGGUUAAUGUUUCACAGACAGGAUUAGCCAAGUGAAAAUGGUCCGCUUCGGCCCAGAUCUACGAGGAAGGAAUUUUUCAUGGGUGUAGUCGACUUGACACCUAAAUGAAAUUUCUUUAGUGUCAUGUGUAAAAAUUAAUUUUUCUUUAUCUUUCACAUCACGUUCAGUGCUUUUUGUUUUCUUGGACAUUAUUUGAAGACAAUGGGCAGUCGACAAAUACCCAACGACAAGAUAAACUUGCGGUUGAUUCUUGUGAGUGGAAAAACAGAGGAGUACUUGUUCUCUCCGAGUGAUUCAGCAGCAGAAAUCACAGAACGUGUUUACAGCAACUGGCCUCAAGAUUGGUCAGAAGAGCAGCUACCCCCAACCAACAUUCUGCGGCUCAUUUACCAAGGACGAUUUCUCCAUGGUAACGUCACAUUAGCUGCUCUGCAGUUACCCACCGGUAAGACAACUGUGAUGCACCUAGUUGCAAGGGAAAACCUACCUGAGCCAAACAAUCAAGGCCAGUUAAAGAAGGACAAGAGUGGGGAAAGUGGCUGCAGCAACUGUUGUGUUAUACUUUAGCUAUCGGCUGUCAGCUGGUGGCCGGCCGCCAGUACCCACAAUACCUUUGGCAUCCAGUUCCUGUCUCCACCACUGGCAGAGUUAUCUCCCUUUCAUCUGGCAAAAAUGGACGCCAGACAACAAAACCAUCAAAAUUUGCAUAUCACAAGAAAUCAAAUAUUGAAUCAACCAAAAUCGGCACUGUGGUUCCACUCUCUUGAGAAGAGAAAGAGACUAAAAAUCAAUAAAAUACAUUGACAUGGUCAAUGGUAGCUGGCUCAUGACAUGUUUCAUUCAGGCAUUCAUUUGAUAAAAUGACAUAAUUUGACUGACUUUAAUAUGACAUUUACCUUGAUUCAGAUCUAAUAUAUUGUGACACUUAUUAUCUAACUCUAAUACAUACUCAAUGUACAUGGGGAGAGUUUAAUGUUGUACGAAUGAAAAGGAAAAAAAUGUGUAAUCAAAUAUCUGUGAUGAAGGCUUAAUUCCAUGGGAAUUAAAUUGCAAAUUUCUGAUCGUAUCUAGACGACAGCUGAUUUAGAAACAAUUUUCCCUAAUGUCCCGAAAGUUCCCGUUUUAGAAUCUGUUUUCUGUACUCAACAUUACACCAAUAUUCAAGAGGAGCGAACACUGCAUUCAUCUUUAACACAAAGACAACCAUAUGCAUCAACCUUUAACGAUAUUAUUUGCUCACUGAUUCUGUGUGGAUGGAUAUGCCUAUUUGUGCAAGGUGUCCUGGUCAGAUGGAAUCAGAUGCCAAUACAAGACAGGAUGAUCAAGCUGUUUGGUUGUCGUUCAUCGUAACUGUAUUGUUAUCAUUCAAGUCAUGACUGGAGUAUAAAUAUGCAAUUUUUUUCAUUCGUGAAAAGGGUUGGAGUAUGUCUGUGAUGGUGAGCAGUGCUAUGGUAAAAAGGGUCUCACUUGUGGGGCAGGGUGUGAGGGAAGGAGUACAUACAGACUCUUUGUGUGUUCCCUUGGGAUGCCAGAGGGUAUAUCUACAGGACUAUGGAAGUGGACUUGGCCAAGUGGCCAAACUGGAGUCUUUCAUAUUGGGAACAGCUCAUUAUGAGAUCUGAGUGAACUUACAAUAACCUAACACCCCUUGUUUGGGACAAUGGACUCAUCUCAGCUACGACUUUGUCCAGUCGGUAGACAAGAGGAUGGCAAAACUGACACUCUCACAUGCCUCGGAAAGUAUUCACUUCCCGAGGCAAAUUUAGGUAAAUUGCAUGAUAGUCUUUUUACAAUUUAUUUUCCCUCAAUUUGAUUUGAUGCAGAAAAUGGACUUAGUGCAGCUGAGUUACUGAGGAUUUCAGUGAUUGUGUUCCCUUUGUUAUGCUACACAGUAUCAAAGUGUACAGAGAAAUUGUGUUUAACAAGAGAAUCACGUAACUAAUUGUUAUGUUGUCACAAUGGAGCAUACUGAUAACGGACCCUGGUGGUCAUAUCAUGAACUAAAUGUAUUCGCAACUGUGUUAUGCUCUGAAGUAUGUUGGAAUUAGUAAUGCACAUUACUUCUUAAGCAUUUUUCAUUGUUAAUUAUUUCUUGUGGAGAAUUCUCAUCCGAUUUACACUCGGUCGUAUGUAUGUAAGAUAUGUAUAUGAAUUGUCUAAGUGCACAUACAUACACUAUCAUGCUUCUUUCUUUUGGUAACUUCUUCAUAUUGUGAAUAGAUGUCGUGACUGUAGAUAUAAGUAUAUAAAUAUAUAUAUGAAGUAUGUGUGUAGGUCUUGCUGAAAAGCCUCUGUUACAUAUUCAUUCAACCUUUUACAAUGUCUGUAUAAACUUUUUUUGAUCAGCACCCUAGAGAUUUUUCAAACUUGUUCAUCUGUUAAAGGUGACAACUGCGUGGGCAGUUUUGUGAUGAUUUAGCACUUCUACUCGAAUGAUAAAAAUUAACACAAGUCCCUGGUCUUUCUUUUCAUUUUCUGUCAAGAUGGCCAUAACCAUGGUAACAGGGAAUUCCAUUCUGGUGGAAUAUCAGAAUUUUGAAGAAAUUUGUUCAUGUAUAGCAACAGAUUAAAGAUAUUAAGACCAUCCUUGUGUGUGGAUUAUUUCAGUUGUUUAGGAAUCAAGGACACUCCUUUUUUUUAACAUUUCUCGGACACACACAAAACAAUAUUAUACAUGUGUAGGGUGAUGGUAAUAAGGACAUGCUUUUACAAAGUGUAUGAGGUGCAACACAAUUUGGUUUUCUUAACAUGAUUCUUAUCAUGUGACUUUAGAUUUGGACAAUGCCAUGUUCACAUGGUGGCCGUGUCAUGUAGUCACUAGUGUUCAACAGUGUCUGUGACACAGCAUGGCGCCAACAAUUCUUGACACGUCACUUAGCCAUGUGUCUUUGCAGUCUCUUCCUCAAUAGACUACCACACAGAACAGGGUAGAAUAUCUUCACUUCCUGCUGUUUCACAUGCUCUGAGGUUCAUUCACAUUGUCUCUGCCACCACUGUGAUAACAUUACACUUAAAGGACUAUCCUGCCAGUCGUCUUUUAAAAUAUGUGAUAUGUGAAAUUGCAUACUUUGGAGACCUAAUGUAUGUUUUUUUUAAUGUGGGCCAAACACUCAUGAAGUUGCAUCCAAGUUUUAUCACUCAAAUUAACAAUGAUUUAAUGAGACCAGUAUGAAAUGGAAACAGCAUUUACAAAGUUUGAAGCUUCUCAAUCAAAGCAAAGUUUUUUCACCUGUUAUCCUAGAUUUUAUGGAUGGUUUUAAUAUUUAAAAAAUGUAUUAUAACGUUAUCUGAGAUUGAAGUUACUAUAUUGUUCAGUCAUGAUGUUACUUUGAAAGGCGUCACUGCUCGGUUAAUUUAAAGCUAUUCAAAGGUCCCUUUGGUUGGGACUACUCAAAAGCAGUUAAGGAUCACCUGGGUUUUUUUCAUAGAAUUAUAGUUAACAUGUCAUGGCAUGACAAAUUAACUGUGGUAAUAUGUAAGAAUCGGGUAUCCUUAAUUUGUUUUGGGUAGUAUAUGAUGUGUAGCACUUAAUGGAUAUGCCAAUUACACAGCAACAGUGUCUCAGCUUACACAAGUUCAAAUUCAAGACCUAGACCACAGUCCCCUUUAAAAUAAAUGGAAGUUAUAUGUAAACAAUAAUUAGUAGAUUAGAAUCUGUUCCUGCAAGUGGAAGCUGCUUAAGGACUAUCAGUGAAGCAGUUACUGUCGAAAAUGUAUACUACUCAACUUUUGAUAGGGCUAAUCAGAUAUGUCAGAUGUAUUAAAAUGUAAACGUGACAUGAGAAUCAUUUUUGCGUAUCAUCGAAAGAUAGAUGUCCAUAUCAAAAGUGGAGUUGUAUAGUUCAGAAGAAGAAAUAUAUUCCUUUGUAAAAGGUAUUGCUUGAAACAACCAUUGAACAUUUGCUGUAGGAUUAAAAGUUUGUGAUAAACCAUUAAAUUUAAUUCUGGCCAAUUCUGAAAGUAUCUAGAGGGAGAAGCAUGAAGGUUCCCUGAAUCCUACUGUAGAAUGAGUGUCAGACAUUUACAGCCACAAAAUCACCAUAGUAAUGUAUUAUCCAUCAGUGUAAUCAUCAAAUCUUUUUGUUCCUCUUAUCAUGUUUUUCACCUAAGAAGCUACCAGUUGGACUUUUUAGAUAUGUACCACAUUUCCUGUUAAUACAUCUAAAUAUAUUGAUGUGUGAGUUCUUGUAAUUGUUUAUCUUUAUUUUAUAACACCUAUUACCAAGACAUGAUCCAGAAUGUAUUUUAGCAACUUAUUAGCAGUUCUGAUGUCACCUAAAUGCAUAGUGUAUAUAUUUCACCAUAUUGAAGUGCAUAUUUGUACAAAUUAGCUGUAAACUUUGUUCCAUGUAAAAAUCCACCGAAUCCAACAGAAGUUGACCUAAGGAAAUAAAUACAGAUACAUGUGAAA